CCGCGCAGGCGCAGUGGGGGGCGGACUCGCCAUGCCGACUGUCAGCGUGAAGCGCGAUGUGCUCUUCAAAGAGCUAGGCCGGACCUACACUGACGAAGAAUUUGACGAACUGUGUUUUGAAUUUGGUCUGGAACUUGAUGAAAUUACUUCAGAAAAGGAAAUUAUAAGCAAGGAGCAAGGCAAUGAGAAGGCCAAGGGUGCCUCUGAUGUUGUUCUCUACAAGAUCGAUGUCCCUGCCAACCGAUAUGACCUCCUCUGCUUGGAAGGAUUGGUUCGAGGGCUUCAAGUCUUCAAAGAGAGGAUAAAGCCUCCAGUAUUUAAACGGGUAUCGCCUAAAGGAGAAAUCCAGAAAUUGUUCGUCACAGAAGAGACGGCCAAGAUCCGCCCUUACGCCGUGGCCGCGGUCCUCCGGAACAUCAAGUUCACGAAAGAUCGCUAUGACAGCUUCAUCGAGCUUCAAGAGAAGUUACAUCAGAACAUCUGCAGGAAAAGAACGUUGGUUGCUAUCGGUACUCAUGAUUUGGACACGGUGUCCGGCCCCUUCACUUACACGGCAAAGCGGCCUUCGGAGAUUAAAUUCAAACCCCUGAAUAAGAGCAAGGAGCACACGGCCUGUGAGCUGAUGAGCAUGUACAAGACUGACAACCACCUUAAGCAUUAUUUGCAUAUCAUUGAAAAAAAGCCCUUGUACCCCGUUAUCUACGACAGCAAUGGUGUUGUGCUUUCAAUGCCUCCAAUUAUCAAUGGGAGCCACUCCAAAAUCACACUGAAUACAAAGAAUGUGUUUGUGGAAUGCACAGGAACCGACUUUACCAAGACAAAAAUAGUGCUUGAUAUUAUUGUCGCCAUGUUCAGCGAAUACUGUGAGAACCCAUUUACGGUCGAAGCAGCUGAGGUCGUUUUUCCUAAUGGCAAGUCAAACACCUUCCCUGAACUGGCUUACCGAAAGGAAGUGGUGAGAGCUGAUCUAAUUAACAAAAAAGUUGGAAUCAGAGAAUCUCCAGAAAAUAUUGCCAAGCUUCUGACCAGAAUGUACUUAAAAUCAGAAGUCAUAGGUGAUGGGAAUCAGAUCGAGAUCGAAAUCCCUCCUACCAGAUCCGACAUCAUGCAUGCCUGCGAUAUUGUAGAGGACGCAGCUAUUGCUUAUGGAUAUAACAACAUUCAGAUGAGUCUCCCGAAAACGUACACCAUAGCUAAUCAAUUUCCUCUUAACAAGCUCACAGAACUCCUGAGAUGCGACAUGGCAGCCGCUGGCUUUACCGAAGCCCUGACCUUUGCCCUGUGCUCCAAGGAGGAUAUUGCCGACAAACUUGGUGUGGACAUCUCUGCAACAAAGGCAGUGCUCAUAAGUAAUCCUAAGACAGCCGAAUUUCAGGUGGCGCGCACCACCCUUCUUCCUGGCCUCCUGAAGACCAUAGCAUCCAAUCGGAAGAUGCCCCUUCCUCUGAAGCUAUUUGAAAUCUCUGACAUUGUAGUAAAAGAUUCUGGGAAAGAUGUCGGCGCGAGGAACUACAGGCAUCUCUGUGCUGUGUAUUACAACAAGAAUCCCGGGUUUGAGAUCAUCCACGGACUGCUGGACAGGAUCAUGCAGCUGCUGGCGGUGCCCCCCGGCGAGAAGAAGGGGGGCUAUGUCAUCAAGGCCUCCCAAGGCUCCGCCUUCUUCCCUGGGCGCUGUGCCGAGAUCUUCGUCAGGGGCCAGAGCAUCGGGAAGCUGGGAGUUCUGCAUCCCGACGUCAUCACCAAGUUUGAGCUCACCAUGCCCUGCUCCUCCUUGGAAAUCAACAUCGAGCCCUUCCUGUGAGGCAGGGUCGUGGCCGUCUCUGUUAAGUGUCCCUGUCGUGGUUCGUGGUCGUGCCCGGGAGCAUCGUCUGUGCUUUAGUGUGGA